GCCAGCUGUAGGCUGGGGGCGGCGAGACUGAGCGCCGGGAGUCUGGGGAGGGGGAAGUACCCGACGGCUGCGGCAGCCCCCAAAGUCUGCAGUGAUCGCGUGCAGAGUACCACCCGCGCUAAACGGUCGCAGCACCAGCACUGCAGAGCCCAGCCCGGAGCCCGCCACACUGCAGGAUGGCUGUAGCUCCUCCGAGUUACUGUUUUGUGGCCUUCCCACCACGGGCUAAGGAAGGGCUGGUGGUAUUCGGAAAAAAUUCAGCUCGGCCCAGGGAUGAAGUGCAGGAGGUUGUGUAUUUCUCGGCUGCUGACCAUGAACCUGACAGCAAGGUUGAGUGUACUUACAUUUCCAUCGACCAAGUUCCUAGGACUCAUGCCAUUGUGAUAAGCAGACCUGCCUGGCUUUGGGGGGCAGAAAUGGGAGCCAAUGAACAUGGAGUGUGCAUAGCCAAUGAAGCCAUCAAUGCCAAAGAACCAGCAGCUGAGACAGAAGCCUUACUGGGGAUGGAUCUGGUCAGGCUUGGUUUAGAAAGAGGGACGACAGCUAAAGAAGCCUUAGAUGUCAUCGUUGCCUUGUUGGAAGAACACGGACAAGGUGGGAAUUACUAUGAAGACGCAAAUUCCUGCCACAGCUUCCAAAGUGCAUAUUUGAUUGUGGAUCGCGAGGAAGCCUGGGUGCUUGAGACCAUUGGGAAGUACUGGGCUGCUAAGCAAAUCACAGAGGGAGUGAAAUGCAUCUGCAAUCAGUUCUCACUCACCACUAAGAUCGAUGCUGAGCAUCCCGAACUCAGAAGUUACGCUCAGCGUCAAGGUUGGUGGACCGGAGAGGAUGAAUUCAAUUUUUCUGAAGUGUUUUCUUCAGCUGAUGACCAUGUGGACUGCUGUGUAGGCAAAAAGAGCUUAGAAAAGCAAGAAGAAAACAUCACUGUACAGACUAUGAUUGACAUCUUACGGGACAAAGCCAGUGGAGUCUGUGUAGAUUCUGAGUUGUUCCUCACCACCGCCAGUGGAGUGUCUGUCCUGCCUCAGAAUAGAAGGUUGCCAUGCAUUCACUAUUUCACAGGAACCCCAGAUCCUUCCAGUACAAACAUAGAUGAGGCAAGAGGUGGCCAGUUUGAUAAUGGAGAUGUCAAAUUGGAAAACGUCACAGAGGAUGGACCCAAUCACUUGGCAUUGUGGGAGCCCCGGUUUCAGGAGAAGCCAGACCGCCGGCAUGAGCUGUACAAAGCCCAUGAGUGGGCCCGCGCUGUCCUGGAGGGUGAGCAGGAGCAAGGUCACAAGCUGAGGAAGACCAUGCUGGAACUAGAGAAGCAAGGCUUGGAAGCCAUGGACGAGAUCCUGACCAGCUCGGACCCCCUGGACCCCACCGAAGUGGGGGAUCUUUUUUAUGACUGUGUUGACACGGAGAUUAAGUUCUUUAAGUGAAGUAAGCAUUCCUUUUCCUCUUCUUAUUUAACUUUCCCACCUUACUAAGUUACCAGCAAGACAAACCACUCUCCUGUUUGAGUAAAAUGAGAAAGUUCAGAUGUGGUCUCUUUUUCUAAAGCCAAAUUGAACUGUUCAUUUGUGUUCUGCCUUGAAUCUCAAAAUGUCCCCUUCUUCUGCACUGUAGGUCUCCUUCCUUUGCAAUGUAACAUGUAUCCCAUUAGCCUGUUGUUUGAAUGUCUGACUAAGUGUGGAUUUUAAGCUGCUAUUAUUGUGUUUCAGUGACAAUGGACUCCUUAGCCUUUCGCAGGACGAGUUCACCAGGCUUUGAAAGAUGCACUCACAGUGCUCAGUUUUGGGGGAAAAGCAAAGUCUUUUGAAAUCUUACUGUUUUAUUCAGUAACAGUUUCUUUCAGGUUAACAAAAGGCAUUUCUUUGUCUACCCAGGACUCUUGGGUGUGUACCCCAGGGAGAAACUCCCUGGCCUCCCUUAUCUGCAUGCCUGUGGUGCAGAAUGUUUCUAGGCGAGUCUUCUGAGGGACAAAACCAAUGGGAAAGGAUAACGGGGACUCCCCCUGGGCCCAG